UUAUAAAAAAAUCAUAAAUAAAUUUUAAAUUAAUAAUAAAAUAGGAAGUUAUUAUAUUGAAACAUAAUAAGUGAAAUAUUAAAAUGGAUAAGUAACUUAAAUACCUACCUAAUAUUUAAUAAAGUGAAAUUAAAAUGAAAUAUAUACAUACAUACAUAUGUAUAUAUGUAUAUUGUUUAAUUUCAGUGUUUUGAACAGAAUAUCUGCAGUAACAAAAACAUUUUACUUUUUUGGAUUAACUUGCUUAAUAAUACCAAUUAUUGCAAUUUCAGGAGUUCUCCUCUCAGUUUUAAAUAAAGUAAAUUUAAUUAUAAUGAGUUCGAUAUAUCCAAGAUAUGAUUUUUCAAAUACGAAAAAAAUGAGAACCUUAAUUGACACAAAGAAAAACGCAGCUAUAUUUCAUUUCUUACUAGAAAUAAAUGGCAAAUACGAUUUUCAAAAAAUUAAGGAGAUUUAUUUAAUGAAUUUAGUUGAAAAACGAAAUAAAUUAGGGGAGUUGAAAUUCCCUAAGCUCAGGAAACGCCUGGUUACUUGCUGGUGGCAAUAUGCUUGGGAUAGUGAAAGCAGUAAGUUUGAUAUUAACAAACACAUAAUUUUAAACCCCGCUCGAACAUUUCGUGGCCGUUUUAUAACUGAAGCUAAUAUUCAAGAAUUCAUAAGCGAACUCGUAACAAAAUAUAUUCCUUCAGAUAUAUCACCAUGGCAAGUUAUUGUUAUACCGCCAAUAGCUACAAAGAAAGAAACUUAUUUCAUUUUAGUUAAGGUUCAUCAUUUACUGAUUGCUGACGAACACGAUUUACACGUUAGCGACUUAUUAAUGGUAACUGCUCCAAAUCCAAUUAAAAUGUUUAAAAACGUAACACAGCCUUCUAAAUUCGAAACAUUAAUAGAGCGACCGAAGCAUAUACCGAAUUUGUGGAAUCAAAUUUAUAUGUCUGCAGUUAACCGUUGGAAUGAGUUUAUUUACUAUUACGACCCUCUGGAAUCUCCAGAUGUAGAUAAAAAGCAGCAAAUAACUUGUUUGAGCCAGUUAAUAUCAAUUUUAUUCAUAACUGUGGUUACAAUUAUAACUGAUUUCAUGAAAGGGUAUUCAAAAACAAAUAAUCAUAUAAAAUACAAAUUUCGUUAUUUAGUUCAUCUUUUUGAAAGAGAAACUUCAAAAAGAAAUUUAACUAUAGAAACCAUUGUGGAUUCCUUGAUAACGACAAUGAAUCCAAUUAAUAUUUUAAAAAAUAUGAUUCGUUAUACUUGGUACUUUUGUACAGCAGCUGUACUAUUGACGCCUUAUUAUAUAAUAAAAGAAUCUUUAGCUCUAAAAGACAUAAUUAUGACUGGUCAUACAGAUUUUCAAGAAACUUUAUUUGGGAUUGCUUCAAUUUAUUUGCCUUUAAUAUACUGUGCAACAAAGGAAUUUAUUCAGAUAUCGCUUCAAUUGCUGAAUGCCCCAAAGAACUCUUAUGAUGAGCUUUUCAUAUUCAGGAGCAACGAAAAGAAUGUUUUGCAUACGAAAACUUUUAGUGGUCGCAAAGUAAUUGCAUUUUCUAAAUCGAUCGAUUUAAGUUUAUUUAAAAAUAAAAGCGAUAUUUUAAAAGAAAAAUCGGACAUAGAACUCGUACUUAUCUGCCUAUCAAGUGCGCUUAAAAAAUAUCUUCAAACUUUCGAAAGUGAAUUUGGCGAAGCUCCAAAAUUUAUAAACACAACCUGCAGAUCCAUUAAAAAAGACUUUUUUGUUGAAAAAAAUAAUAAGUCUGAAAAUGUUGGUGGCGUUUUAUUUUUGAACUUACCUCUGAUUGAAUUCAAAAGCAUAGGUGAUUUUGAAAUUAUAACAGAUUUAAUUGACAGAAUUCGUAAAAGGCAAGGUGCAAUAUAUUUAAUUUCUGUUGGACAAAUAAGAUAUGACAUCAUAACGAGAAUAAUACCAGAAGUAUUAAUGAAAAUUUUAAUUAAUUAUUUUUCUUACAAUUACCCGAUCACUAUAACUGAACUGCAUGGUAGUUCUGAAAAAAUACACACUUUGUGGGGUCAGGAAGUAGAGGAUUUGUUAUUCUUCAGACCUCCACAAUCUAAAACAUGUCUUUCCUUAAACAUUCAUCGGUUUGGAAACAAAAUCAGACUUGCUGUAAUGGCUGAUACUCAUCUUUCCCCAGAUCAUGCUAAAAUUGUUAAUUAUUUUGAAUCUUAUAUGGAGAGCACAAUUUUUUAA